ACCUGCUUUUUGAGUGAUACAAGUCCGUAGCCUGCAUAUACAUGCAGCUGCUUCAUGUUCAGUUUGUUUCGUCGGGGCUUUACCACAACAGAAAGAGAGAGAAAACGCCAGCAAAACUGCAACGGGAACACGGAAGUAUCCGUCUAUCUGAAUCGUAGAAAACAAAAAUCAAUCAGCACCGGCAGUCCAGAAAGCACAUCCAAACUAUCCAAAGCCGCCGAGCCAAAGCCAACCACCCCCGCGGCAGUCAAGCCCCAACCAAACCUUCGUUGCGCAGCCAAAUCGAGAUCUCCAUCUACCCCGGGCCGAAUCCCACCUCUGCCUCCCCGACCCGGCCGGCCGCAGCAAGCGCAUCGCGUCGCGUCGCGUCGACAGGAGCCGAAGAACCGACGAGGAGAUGGCGUCGGCGCUGUCCUCCCUGCGCUACGGCGACAGCCUCUCGGUGGUGGGCAUCUCCGCCGCGACGGCCGUGCUCUGCGAGGCCAUCUCCUGGCUCCUCAUCUACCGCACCGCCACCUACAACUCCCUCCGCGCCUCCAUCGAGCGCCACUCCCGCAAGCUCGACGCCAUGAAGUCCGGCUCCAGCUCCUCCUCCUCCUCCUCCGGCGCCGGCGCCUCCUCCGCGCAGCCCGCCUCGUCGCGGGCUAAGAAGAUGGACCGCGUCGAGACCAGCCUCAAGGACGCCGCGCGGGAGCUCUCGCUCGCCAAGCUCAAGUCGGGCGCCGUCGUCGCCGCGGUGCUCUUCGUCGUCUUCGGCCUGCUCAACUCCCUCUUCGAGGGCCGCACCGUCGCCAAGCUGCCCUUCGCGCCCAUCCCGCUCGUCCAGCGGAUGAGCCACCGCGGACUGCCUGGGAACGAUCCCACCGACUGCUCCAUGGUCUUCCUCUACUUCCUCUGCUCCAUGAGCAUCCGAACCAACCUCCAGAAACUGCUUGGCUUCGCCCCGCCGCGCGCGGCUGCUGCGGCCGGCGGGGGCCUCUUCCCCAUGCCCGAUCCGAAAGUUAAUUGAGGCUCAUCUCCAAGACGAGUGAAUCCGAACCAAGAAUUAGCAUAGUCGCCUGGGAAGGUGCUUUAGACUCUGUACGACUGUACCAAUAUCCGUAUCCAAUUCAUUUUCCACAACUCACCGGUUCCUUUUCCACAACUCACCGGUUUGCUGUUGCACCGGUGAUUCCAAACCCGAAGGUGGCUUAUUUAUUGCAUAGACUAAACGAAAUGAACAUGAAUUACCUGCUGAGAGGCAGAGAAAUGUGCAGCCUGAUUUUCGGCAUCUAUAUGGUUCUCCAUUUUUAUACUAGGAUUGACGAUGUCGACGAUCUCUUUAUUGUAUGCACGUCUGAUACCAUUGUGAGUUACAGUGUUUUAGCAUCAUUGACAUAAUGUGUCACUCA